CCGCCAUGCCGUAGAAAAACUGCCAAACUUUUGGAUGAGACCUAAAAGGCGCCGCAGCAGCAGGGAGGACGCGGGGCGGAUGUAACCGACGGAGGUAGGAUGUACUGGGCUGCGGGCUUGGCCUCGUCCCGGCCGUGUGUGGUGGAACUCGGACGGAAUCACAGCCUGCCGCUCGGCCUGUGCGGCUCCGAGCAGCAGCCGUCUUUGUAUGGAUACAUCAUCGCCUUCCCUCUGCAGGACUACGGGGGCAUCAUGUCGGUCCUGGGCUCGGACUCCUGGUGGAAGAAGACCCUGUACCUGACCGGGGGGGCCCUGCUGGCGGCUGCAGCCUAUCUGCUGCACGAGCUGCUUGCCAUCAGGAACGAGCAGGAGCUGGACUCUGAAGACGCCAUCAUCCUCCACCAGUUCUCCAGGCCAAAGAACGGUGUGCCGAGCCUCUCGCCUUUCUGCCUCAAAAUGGAGACGUACCUGCGCAUGUUGGACCUUCCGUACCAGAACUACUUUGAUGGGAAGCUGUCGCCGCAGGGAAAGAUGCCCUGGAUCGAGUACAACCACCAGCAGGCUUCAGGGUCAGAGUUCAUUGUAGACUUUCUGGAGGAGAAGCUGGGCGUCAACCUCAACAAGAACCUCACUGUCCAGGAGAGGGCAGUGUCCCGAGCUGUUACCAAAAUGGUGGAGGAGCAUCUGUACUGGACGUUGGCGUACUGUCAGUGGGUAGACAACCUGGAAGAAACACAGAAGCUCCUGUCCAUGAAUGGCCCUCUGAGUGACACGCUGAAAUGGUUGCUGAGCCACCUGACUGGCAGCAUGGUACGCCGGGAGAUGUACGGCCACGGCAUCGGGCGCUUCUCAAAGGAGGAGGUCUAUGUUCUGAUGGAGAAGGACAUGAGGACCCUAGCUACCCUUCUGGGAGAUAAGAAGUAUUUCAUGGGUUCUAAAAUGUCAACGUUGGAUGCCACGGUGUUCGGGCACCUUGCCCAGGCCAUGUGGACAUUGCCUGGGACACGACCAGAGCAACUCAUCAAAGGAGAGCUGAUCAACCUGGCCAUGUUCUGUGAGCGGAUGCGGAGGAGGUUCUGGCCCGAGUGGUUUGUGGAGGUGGAGGACUUUUAUUAUGAUGGAGACAGUGACAGCAGUGGUGGCACCUCUCCUACAGGCCAGCUGGACUUUGGCCUCUUCUCCAGGACAGACACGUUGGAGGACAGUGAUGCGAGCAGCCAAUCAGCCGGUCCCACGCGUACGCACUCCCUCAACUCUGAGCGCUCGCUCUUUGACUGUGAUGUGGGCAUGGCGUCCGACAAUGACUUUCACCAUAAAGGGGAGUUCUCUCCAGGUGUGGAGGUUUGACCAGAGUGAGUUCAGGUGACAGGAGGCUGGAGAAGCUUCCAGGCUGCUGCGGGUUCUGCUUGUUGAAUCCAGGUGGACACCACAGCACUCACAGCUGAAGAAAGUGUCCUGUCGGCUCCGCAUUCAGGACUUAAAAUCUUAUGGUAACCUUCUGCUGGACAGACUGGAUGUCAUUAUCCACCUGCUAACGUCUGGUCUGUCCCCCCCUUCAUGUCCCUCCUGUCACUGUGUCUCUCUGCCUUAUUUGUGUUGUCCUGAGGUGCCCGAGCUGGUCUGAACCAUCAAUCGGACAGACGUCACCUCUUCACGAGGCGAGGCAGGCGGCACGCCACCGAGAACUGAUGUAACUAAUCUCCACUCCAACCCCUUCAGACAGGCGGAAUGCCAUCAUCUAGCUGAAAGUAACGGCUGCUGAGUGUCCAACUGCUGUACAGAAAACACGACCAGGCCACACCCCAACACUACUUCCUGUGGGUAACAGGGACGCACCGAUCUGCUGUUUUGUUAAAUCUGGAUCUAUAAAACGCCAACCUGAACUCAGGGUGCCGCCCACUCAGACACGUAGCAGACGUCCUCACCUCACAGGUUCCUGAAAGCCUUCAAAAGUUCCUCAUCUCUGAUGUCAAAGUUUUAAACCCACUUGAAAGCAGAUCAGCACCUGCUGAGAACCGUUUAUCGCCUCUUUGGGGGUUUAAAACGCCUUUAAACCAGCUGAACAAUGGUGUAAA